AUUUGAGUUUUAUGUUAUUUAAUUUAUAUUGAUAAACUAUUUAUAUUUAGGCAGAGGGGCACGUCUCCAGAUAACCUUGACGCUUAAUAUAUAUAGCGUUGACGCAAUGGUUCUGCUCGCUCGCUGUUUAAUGGCCUGCCAACGCGGUCAGGAUGUGGCCAAUUUCGUGUCUGAGGGCAAAAAGAUCAUAGGCGUUGCUUUGAAUUAUAUGUGUGCGGUCAAGGCGAGAAAUGUUCCGGUGCCAACAGUACCGAUCGUUUUCAUAAAGCCCACAACAUCUUAUCUGAAAGAAGGUCGUCCCAUUAUCUUGCCUAAAGUUUUUACCAAAGUGGCCUAUGAGGUGGAGCUAGGCGUUGUGAUUGGAACUCGAUGUAAGAAUGUAUCCAAGGAGAAGGCUAUGGACUAUGUGGGUGGCUAUUGUCUGGCCCUGGAUCUUACUGCCCAAUGUAAUUUAACGGCAGCACGAGCCACGGGCGGCUCCUGGACACUUGGAAAAGGAUUCGACACAGCGACUCCAGUUUCCCGUUUUAUACCCUUGGAUGCUGUAGGCGAUCCGCAUGCGUUGCCGCUCUGGUUGAAGGUCAAUGGCGAAUUGAAGCAGAAAGGCUGCACGGCAGAUUUGGUAUUUAAAGUGCCCGACAUCAUUUCCUAUGUAUCCAAGUAUAUGACCUUGGAGCCCAAUGAUUUGAUACUGACGGGAACACCCCAUGGCUCGGAACCCUUCAAAUCCGGAGAUCUGAUUGAGUGCGGUCUGGCCGACUUGGCCACCAUGAAGUUCGACGUGUGUGACGAGCAGAACUAAUAAAUCUUCAAUGAC